CGAUAGAAUUAGAGAGGAUAAUGUACGAGAUCUUUGGCAAUUUAUCAUCAUUAAUAGGCAUGGAAAGAGGGGUUCCAAUGAAUUGCAAUGGGUUAUGAAACUAGGCAUGCGCAUGGACAUCUAUCCUACAUGUUCGUGGCCUGAUUUAGUACUUGGGAUUAGUCCACAUUCAGAUAGCAGCUCCAUAACUUUACUUGUGCAAGAUGAUUUAACUGCCCUCCAAAUUAAGCACAAAGAAGAAUGGGUAACAGCAAAGCUAGCUCCAAAUGCAAUUGUAGUGAACACUGGUGGUGAUGUCGAGGUCUGGAGCUACAAGAGCAUUGAGCAUAGAGCUCUUAUAAACGAGAAAAAACCAAGAAUAUCUGUUGCGACAUUUGUGAUUCCAGGCGAUGAUGUUGAACUGAACCCACUAGAAACCAUGGUGGAUGAGAAUCAUCGUCCAAGAAUCUACAAAAAUGAUGUGACAUACGUUGAAUAUCUUAGAUACACCUUGGCCAAAAAGAUGGAUGGAAAAGCAUCUAACCUUGAACAUUUAAGUUACAGAUGUAAAGUAACAGUCAGCUAUAUUGCUUGUGGUUUUCCUCACUUCCGAUCAACUCUGAUGGAGGAAGAAUUUGGAGAAUUUAAUGUGAAUGCAAGAUCAGUCCUUUCAGUUCCAUUUAAAAAUGAAAGUCCAGAUGGAACUCUUCACCUGUUGUUCACAACCCAAAGGCUUCAGCUGCUGGCCGGGCAAAUUGAUGUUCUCUUCCGGUCAACUGUGGACCUGCUUUUUACAUAUCUCUCAUUCUUUGGGACCCAAGAUGAGAAACUUCCAAUAUGCAACAACGUGCCAAGAGAAAGAUGA